AUGGUCUCGCCAGCUGGAAACACCAGCGGCACAGAAGCCGCCAACUCUUCCAAAACACUACCUCCUCGCCCCACGGCGACAACAACAACCACUCCCAAAAACAGCACCGCUCUCAUCUCUGUUCCCCAGAUCAACACCAAGUCGGGCGCCAGCAUCUACGGCAAGCCCCUCAUGCUGACCGCGUACGACAAAUAUGUCCUUGGAUUCAGCAUGACCCAUCUCUGGCGUUGUCCCUCGAAAACCAUCCUCAUUCCCCUGUUCCGGCAGAACUUUCGUGCCGAGAAACACCUCGACGUUGGCGUUGGCACGGGUUUUUUUGUCGGUGACGCUUUGGCCGAGAGACUUGCUAAGGACGAGGAUCUCAUGCCACUGGAGAGGGACCAGGAUAGUAAACUGGUCCAGCCCAAGAUCGAGAUUACCUUGAUGGAUCUGAAUGCAGUGGCGCUCGAAAAAGCAAAGGGGAGGGUCAUGGGGGUUGUUAACAAGGAGGCGAGAGCAGCAGGUGGCCACGGCAACGUCCUCGGCAGCGGCAGCGGCAAGCAAUCGGGACAUGGACAUGGAGCAAACGUGGCAUCUACUAGUCAAACUGUCAACGUAACCACCAUCCAAGCCGACAUGUUGGAUGAGUCACUCGUCCUCCUGCCCAAAGGUAGUAAGCUUUCCAGAAUCUCGAAACAGUUCAAGUCGGUCAGCAUGUUCAAUUUGCUUCACUGUCUUCCCGCUGCUCCCGAGGCGCAAGGGGGACAAGAAAUCAAAAACCGCGCCUUCAAACUUGCCGCCGCGUGUCUAGCGGAUGAUGGUGUCCUGGUUGGUUGCACGAUUCUGGGACGGAAGUACAUUGCAAAUCCGUCUCGUCCGAGUUCGUCCGGCACGGGAUCGGGAUCGGGAGUGGUGAGGAAGGGCGUGGGACGUACAAGUAGUAAGAAACCUUCUAUUUUGAAGAGGGGCAUGACGUGGACGGUCAUGAAGUGGUACAAUGCGACGGGAGUGUUUGGCAACUGGGCGGAUGAGAGGGAGGGGUUCGAGAAGGGACUGAGGGAGAAUUUCGAGGUGGUGGAGACGCAUGUGGAGGGUUGUAUGCUGCUUUUUAAUGCGGCGAGGCCAAAGAGGAGUGAACUGUGA